AUGACUUGCAAACUAGAGGAAAAAAAAAAAUGCACCAUGUCAAGCAUGGGAGGCACAAUACCGCCUGCUCCAGCCAAUGCCUCCACAGAGGAGACAAGUAAGGGCAAGGCAGAGGAACAGCCAGAGGAGCCAGUUAAACCACCAGAACCAGAAAGUGAAGAGAGCGACUUAGAAAUUGAUAAUGAGGGAGUGAUUGAACCAGACAAUGAUGCCCCUCAAGAAAUGGGAGAUGAAAAUGUGGAGGUAACUGAAGAGAUGAUGGAUCAAGCUAAUGAGAAGAAGAUUGAAGCGAUAAAUGCUCUAAGUGAAGGUGAACUUCAGAAGGCUGUCGACUUGUUCACAGAUGCUAUCAAGCUGAAUCCUUGUUUGGCCAUCUUGUAUGCCAAGAGGGCAAGUGUUUUUGUGAAACUACAGAAGCCAAAUGCUGCCAUUAGAGAUUGUGACAGAGCCAUCAAGAUUAAUCCUGACUCGGCACAGACCUACAAAUGGAGGGGGAAAGCACACAGACUUCUGGGUCACUGGGAGGAGGCUGCUCGUGAUCUUGCAUUAGCUUGUAAACUGGAUUAUGAUGAAGAUGCUAGUGCCAUGCUGAAGGAGGUGCAACCAAGAGCUCAGAAAAUUGCAGAACAUCGCCGAAAAUACGAGCGGAAGCGUGAAGAAAAGGAAAUCAAGGAAAGAAUGGAAAGAGUGAAGAAGGCACGAGAGGAGCAUGAGAGAGCACAAAGGGAGGAAGAAGCAAGACGACAGGCAGGAGGAGCUCAGUUUGGUGGUUUCCCGGGUGGCUUCCCAGGUGGAUUUCCUGGGGCUGGAGGUAUGCCAGGAAUGGCAGGUAUGCCAGGUCUCAAUGAGAUUCUCAGUGAUCCAGAAGUCCUUGCAGCCAUGCAGGAUCCAGAAGUUAUGGUUGCGUUCCAAGAUGUUGCCCAGAACCCAGCAAAUAUGUCCAAGUACCAGAACAAUCCCAAGGUCAUGAAUCUCAUCAGUAAAUUGUCUGCCAAAUUUGGCAGUAAACCAUAAUAUCCCUGGUUCUUAAAAAUCAUAUCUGAAUGGGAAGGAUUGGAUUUGGCUAACCAGUGUUGCAAUAAAACAAACCAUUGUACCUC